UUUUUUUUUUACUAUUCAAAAUAUUUCAAACUUCACUUCACUCAAAUAUUAUCGUUGCUUUUUUAAUAUAUUUAUGAUUUAUUUAUGUAGUAAAUUACUGUAAAAUACUCAUUGCGUAGUUCCUUUAAACGUUCACACGUCGUAAUGCUUUGACAUCGUAAAUCCUCAAUCAAUAAAAUAUGUCACAUACUAAAGGACCCGGAUUGUACGAAUUUUUAAUCGAAGCCGAACUGCAACAGUAUUAUUCCGGUCUGAAAAAUGACUUGAAAGUACAAAAUGUCGCUCAUCUUAAAUACGUAGCAGAACAGGACCUCGAUCAGUUGGGAAUGACGAAACCAGAGAUCAGAAGGCUGAAAAAAUUCUACCUCAAACACUUUCCUCAAAAUUAUUUCGCCAAAUUUAAAAAAAUGAUCCUAUCGAAGGAAGAGAAAGAUAGUUGGGAUUUGAUGAUACCAGAAGAUAACGGAUUAGAUAGUAAACCUCCAGUCAGGGUACCUAACAAACAUAUCAUUCCUGCUGAUUCAAUAUUGGUUAAUAAAGAACUCGGUACUGGAGAAUUUGGGGUUGUUCAACAAGGUGUAUGGACUAAUGAAGGAGAACGAAUUCAAGUAGCCAUAAAAUGUUUAAGCAGAGAAAGAAUGCAAAGUAAUCCGAUAGAGUUUUUGAAAGAAGCUGCCAUUAUGCAUUCUAUAGAUCAUGAACAUAUCGUACGACUUUACGGAGUGGUACUGGAUACAAAUGCGUUAAUGCUGGUUACCGAAUUAGCACCGCUUAGAUCUCUACUAGAGUGCUUAAAAGAACCAUCGCUUAGAUCAAGUUUUCCUGUACUAACUUUGUGUGACUUCUCUAUUCAAAUUUGCGACGGAAUGCAGUACCUUGAGACGAAACGAUUGAUACACAGAGAUUUAGCUGCUCGAAACAUACUGGUAUUUUCGAAAAAUAAGGUGAAAAUUUCUGAUUUUGGAUUAUCUAGAGCUCUAGGCGUCGGUAAAGAUUACUAUCAGACUAAUUUCAACGUGAAUCUCAAAUUACCCAUUGCUUGGUGCGCUCCGGAGUGUAUUAGUUAUUUGAGAUUUACUUCGGCUUCCGAUGUAUGGGCAUAUGGAGUUACAUUGUGGGAAAUGUUCAGUUAUGGGUUCCAACCUUGGGCUGCUCUAACCGGUCAUCAAAUUUUAGAGGCUAUCGACGAGCCAAACUUUCAGAGAUUAGAGCAUCCUGAAUGUUGCCCGAAAGAGUAUUACAGCCUGAUGCUGAAAUGUUGGCAACACGAUCCGAAUAAAAGGCCUAGAUUUUCUGAUCUGAUGACAUUAUUACCAGAGUGUAAACCCGAACAAGUCCAAGCUAUUCAAGAUUCCGUUGACGAACGUAUGAAAAGAGAUCAAUUACCAUACAGAGUAGGAGACGUGAUAACGGUUCUAAAUAAAUCACCCGUUGCUUCCAUACCGAAUUGCUGGAAAGGUGUUCUAAAUAACGGAAAAUCCGGAUUAUUCAAUCCUGCUCAUACGGUCGCGUAUAUUGGAUCUAAUUUACCGUCUAAUAAACCUGGAGAAUUUGUACGAGGAGAAAGUAAAAUAUACGCUUCGAGAAGAAGUAAACUGAGACCGGAGAUGAUAUCACGACCUCAAGGUGAACUUAAACAUACUGGUCAUGUGGGUUUAGACGGAGCAUAUUUUGGAGAUAUUUCGUUCCUUGGAUCUGGAACGAAAUAUAAUCAUUUACCUCAUCAAAUUGUGACGCCAUAUAAGCCACAAGAUGACUGUACAAAUUCAACUGAACCUUCCACGCCAUCGAAAAUAUUCUCUGAUCGUGCGCCUUUGUUAUCUCCAGAGAAAGGAAAAUCUACUCAUAGUAGUAAUAUUUGGUUGGAUUACGAAAGUAUCAGGGCACCUUGCAAUUCAGCUUCGAAAUGUGGCAAAUUAACUGAUCACGAAUAUCAUGAAAUCGGUAAUGAAGAACUGAACGCUGAAAGCCCUAGAUUUGAGAAAACAUUCGAUUUUGGGCCCAGCCUGUUGGAUGAGAUGGAUGCUAUGUUUAAAACAUUAGGUUCGGAGAAGAACAACUCGAUGGUGGCUGGUGUGAGUAAUUAUGCCUCUUCACCUCCUCCGUCACCUCUGGAUGCCGAUAUAAAUAAACGUAACGAAUUGAGAGAGAUAGCCGCUUCUGUGGCAGCCACGAUGCACAAAGGGAAGAAAAAACAAGCUAUGGUGAAACCGAUAUCAGCUGCUGACGAAAAAACCCUAGAUUCAGCUAUAGCGAUGGCCAAUGAACUAGCAGCUAGAUCCCUGAACGAUUUGGACAGUAAAUCGCAUCAAUUACCCGAUUCUCCGGUCACUCCUGUGUCACCAAAUAAACGUAAAUUCUCAUUCCGGUUCCCAACUCCGGUGACCGGACAUUCUUCAUCACGACCGGAGGGGAAAACAUUCUCCGAUGAAGCUGCCUCGAUACCCGACAUACAGGGAUGUUUAAGCGAAGAAGCCAAGGUCGCUUAUAACGCUUUGAUCGAGCAACCAGCUGUAUCUAACGCGGUGGUAAUGACUCAUGUGCCACCUGUAAUGGAAACAGUGAGCCCAUUGAAGAUGUUGAAAGCUGUGCCGGUAAUUCGAUCUAAAUCUAGAGCUAAUAAGAAUCAGGUCGCAUGUGCUGCUGAUCAAGCUACCAGUUCGACGUCCAAUGAUGUGAUGGGAGAUGACACGUGUCCUGAGAAGUCUACAUCGGAGAUGUCUGCGUUGGAGAAAGUUGAUGGUUGUAACGCGAUUCCUUUACCACCACGAGACCGAAGUAAACCUUUGAACGUGGCGAAACCCAGACAUCAGAGGAAACAUCCGUUGAUUAUUCCAGGAGGUGAGCAGAGGUUGCUAGAUAAAGUAAACAUAACGGAAAAUGAAAAUGCUAACGUUUUUCCUGGCGCAGAACUAAUCAACUCGGAAUCUUCGGAAUUUCCGGUAUCGACGUCUAAAUUCAACGAGCCCGUCGACGACAGCUUCGAUCAAAGAAUCGCCUCCGAGCUAGACGCGUUGGAUAAUUUACAACUAGAGCAAUCCUCCGGUUCGACUCAAGGCUGUGAUAUAUUCUCGGUGAAAAGCGUGACCGAAAGCAACGGACCCGACGUUAUGAUCUGUUCUACACCUAAAAAACCCACCACAUUGACGAUUGUCCCAACCGAAAGUGCCAUUUCGACAGAAAAUUUCACGCCGUUCGAUACACCGGUAUCAUGCGAAGAUCUAGUCGACUUGAACGAAGGCGAUAAGACUCCGGUCAUCGCUGCCCAUGCUCCUGAGAGAAAAACCAGCGUGGAUAAAGGAACGAAUAGCGAUAAAGUUAGAAUCAUGGAGAAAGUUUUAGGACCCAGGGUAUCCGGAGAACAAUGCGUAAGUGCUUUGAAUAUCACCGAUUGGGACGUUCAUCGAGCCAUAAAAUUAGCCAGAUUAGAAUCCCUUCUAUCAAACGAUCCACGUACAAGAAACGUCACCGAUAAGGUUACCAACAUAUCAGCCUUAGAAGCGAUGAACUGGGAUGUCGCCAAAGCAGCUACUCUAAUUAUUAAUAAUCUCAAAGCAACCUGAUCCUAUAAUACGAAAUGUACUUCUCAUUCAAGGUGUCAUUUUAUUAAUACAUAAUAGAGAAAAAAAUAAUGCCAGUUCCUAAAGGACGAACUUUUCGCGUUUGUGCUAUUUUAACAUUAAUGGUGCUUAUCGUUGUUAGUAUAAUAUUAACGCGUUUAGCAUAAUUAUCCUUAAUAUCCCCCCUCGCGCCACUCGCAGCUAUUGGCUCGAAAGCUCAAGCUACUCCUUAAGUAUUACCAUUAGAGUAUUAUUUCUUUGUUGAGUUUAUAAUCGCUAAGUUAUCUCGCUUGUUGAUCUGGUAUUGAUGGCUAAAUACCAAAGAUGAAAAGAAGCGCCGCUUUACUCUUUCGUGUACGUAAAUUAAUACGCAUAUUACUUUUUUUUUUUUUUUGCGAAUGGCUGCAUUUUCAUUAUACUUACUGAGUAAGUUUUAAUCAAAUCAUACAGUAUUAUUUAUAAAGGAUCUUUGAUGUUGUUCGCAUUAAUAAUUAAGUUAUAUUUUUGAUUUUUCUCCCCUUUUUUCUUUAUUUUUUUUUUUUUACGAAUAUUAUUUAUUGUAUAAUGGUACUCGGUUGUGUACAUCGAAUCAAAAAAAAUCUAUAUUUACCUGAUUCUUAUUUUCAAACACUUGUGUUCAAAGGUAAACUGAGAUGUUUUUAUUUUUGAUAUUCGAAUAUUAUCGUUUUGGUAAUUUUAUACUAAUAUUAUAUUAUUAUUAUUUUUUUAUUAAUUCGGUGGUUGUUCAGCGUACAUUAUUAUGGUUGUGUUCAUUAACAUCGUAUUAAACGUUUAUUCUAAUGUGUUCUGUGUUUUUUGAUUUUUUGAAAUUUUAGUCUUUUAGGCAUAAGAAGGGUCAUCGGAGGGGUUUUUACAUCAUUUUUAGUAUUGGUUUGACCUAAAUAUCGAUGUUUUUGAGAUGAAGAUUUCAAAUUAAGAAACACACUAAAUAAGUAAACAAGUAUAUUUUUAAAAAUUGCAAAAUAAUUUUUGUACUUUAAGAAAAAAAAUCGCAAUUAGGUACAUAACAUUUAAAAGGAAAUAUAAAUAUAAAAUAAAAUUAAAAUAAUCGUAUAAGUAAAAAAAAAAAAGAAAGAAAAAAAGAAAAAACAACAAUAACAGUAAUAAUACAUUUCACUUUAAAACUUACACGAUACCAAAUAAGAACGGUAAAAAGAUAACGACAUUAAAAUUACUUGUUAUAAAUAAUAUAAAUUAAUAUAUUGCAUUAAAAAUUAUAAUCUCGUUCAUCGCUACGCUGCUUUCCCUGGCAUAUGAAAAAAAAAUAUUUGCUUCAAAAUGCAAAACUUUUACACGAUGCGUCGAAUUAAUCCUGUAUAAUUUUUUAUUUAAAAGAACACAAAUUCCUCUCUUAAUGACUUUUCGCAUUCUAAUCGAAAAAAAAACAAUAAAUAAUUGGGGAUAUAUUACGGUAACUACCAUUCUGCUGUUCAACGGUCGAUUUGGGUACACGAAAAAAAAAUCUGUAUCAAAGGCUCGACAAUAAGGAAGACUGAGCCGGUACAAAAACAAAGACUAGAACAACAGAUUCGACAUUUUGCACUUGUAAAAAUAAUAUUAAAAAAAAAAAAUUAUACAAAUUGACGAGAAAAAGUACUCCGCUAAAAAAGGGGAAAUUCGCCUGGUAACGUGAUAAACUGACC